CCUCUCUCCCCCCCUCCCUCCAGAUACAUGUACUGGACUGACUGGGGCGACAGACCACGCAUCGAACGAGCUUCCAUGGACGGCAAAGAUCGCACCGUUCUUCACUCCACGAAUGUGGUGUGGCCGAACGCUCUAACAAUAGACUACACCACACAAACCCUCUACUGGAUCGAUGCUAAACUAGACUACAUCGAAUCUUCUUUCCGCGACGGAACCCAACGCCAGGUGCUGUAUCGAGAAAUCAACGUUCAUUUUCGUCCGUUCGGGCUGACGUUCUUCAGAGACAAACUAUACAUGGCAGACAUAGACGCCAGGGAAGUUAGGUCGUUUCUCGUGAAGAGCAACAGGUCGGAGCUGUUGACGAUCUAUUCCGAUAGUUUGGAACCAAUGUCUGUGGUUGCGGUGGAUGAGACAAGACAACCGUAUGUGCGUGUGGAGUGUCUACCAAAAGCUGGAAAUUUCUCUUGUGCCUGUGAAAAUAUCACCACCAUACCAGUGACAAAUCCGUGUGAAGUCGACAAUGGAGGCUGCGAGUACAUGUGUCUUCUGGGUACCCCCGACAUAGGGUCUUACUCGUGUGCAUGCCCCACUGGCCACCGACUGCACCCCGAUGGAAAGUCAUGUCUUGGACUGGACACGUUCCUAGUUCUGGUCGACAGGUCCGAUAUAUACAAGGUAUCACUGGACGUCCCUCAUCCGGUCAACGUGAGAUUUCCUCUCGCCGGAGUCGAGAUUCUGUCCGCCGUGGCGUGGGACAGCCGUGACGACACGUUGUACUUUGCCGAUUUGAACCGACGAACAAUCGGCGCCGUCAAAUUCAACGGAAGCAAAAAGAGAGUAAUAGUCGACAGCCACACUCUGAAGGCUCCGGUCGGUCUGGCAUUGGACUGGCUUCACGACAGGCUGUAUUGGACGGACUCGGAACGGGACCUGAUCGAGAGCUGCGACCUGGACGGGGGGCGACGGGCAAUCAUUGUUGAUAGCGGCCUAGACCGACCAAGAGAUGUGGCCGUGGAUCCUGAAAGAGGACUAAUGUUCUGGUCUGACUGGAGUGACAGAAGGCCUCGUAUCAUGAGAGCUGCACUCGACGGCACCUCAAAAUUCCAGCUCGUCACAGAGCUAAUAGACACGCCCAACGGCGUUGCCCUUGACUACCAGAACCAGAUAGUGUACUGGGUUGACGGGGUGACUGACACUAUCGAGAUGGUUCAUUACAAUGGCAGCAACCGUGUAACGCUGUUAGACUUCAACCUCGACUAUCAUCCGUCUGGACUGGAUUUCUACGCCGGGCGGCUCUAUUUGACGAAUUGGAGGGAACAUAACCUCAUGGGGGUCAAUGUCAAUGCAACAAAUUUGGGGGAACCAGAAGUAAUGGUCAGAGAGUUGAUCCAGUCCAACGAGAUGUCACCGUUUUCCACAGGAACAGAAAUCAUGAUGCUUAUACUCCAUGUAAACGUAACAACGGCGAUUGCAGCGAUAUUUGUGUGUCGAGGGCUAGGAUCUCAAGUGGUGAAGUUAAAGCUGGUUGUCUCUGUGAAGUAGGGUUUCCUCUUUUGGAAGAUGGGAAGACCUGUGCUACUGAAAUCAAUACAACCAUGCUGUUUCCGACUGCCAAUGCCAUCCAUUUCAUAUCACAAGAUGUCGAUGAUUAUACAGCAGACGUUGUGGUGCCGGUUGACGUAGCCGCACAGACUAUCACGUCCGUUGCCAUGGAUCCUAUCAACGGAGUCAUCUACUACGCCACUCUGGACACUUUCGGAAUACACAGAGUCAAUUUGACAGGUGAAAAUCAAACCUCCAUUCUAGACGAACACCCAACAGCUAUUACCUCUCUGGAAGUCGACUAUGCAACUCAGAACGUCUAUUUCGUCGAUUCUUACGAGAAUAGGUUGGAAGUGGCCAGCACUGACGGUCGCAGAAGGAGGGUUCUUCAUGACGGACUUGUUAGUCCGACUGGCCUGGCAUUGGACCCCGUAUCACUGACGAUGUUUUACAUCGAUACUGGCGACAUAGAUAGAGAAGAGUCUCCUAAGAUAUACUCUGCUGCCAUGGACGGCUCUUCCCCCGAAGCCAUAGUAACAGGCCACCCACUCAACCACCCGUUGUACAUCGCCGUUGACAAUGGCGACGGAGUGGACGGUCUGAUAUACUGGACCGAUGUAGGGACUAACAUGGUUUACUGUGCCUCUUUGCUUGGAGAGGAACCACGAGCCAUCGCUGGUUUUGGUCCGUUGGAUAUCGGAUCAGUAGUACACGGCGUUGCCUUUUUUGGAGGACAUGUAUUUUUCACUGACUCUGGGCUGAGAAAAAUAUACGAAAGCACUACAAUUUUGAUGGAUAAAAGCGUGUAUAUGGAGGGCUUCAAUUACUUGUCAGAUAUCAAGAUCGUUGAGACUAGAAAAGGACACAUCGGAGGAUGUCUGAACACGUCUCGCUGCGACUACCUCUGUCUCCCCAACCCAAAUGUCCCGAGCAAACAAACCUGUGCUUGUGCCACCGGAAUAGAACCUUUGCCUGAUGGAUCCUGCCCUGAAGUACCAAACACGUUUCUACUUGUUGCGGGACAGAACUCCCUCCGUCGUAUAGCCCUCGAUAACCCAAGUGGAGAAUACGUGGAUAUCCCUCUAUACGACUCCCUGGACGGUUAUGGUGUGAAUGCAGUGGAUUAUUUGCUUACUGCCCGGGGCGAGGGAUAUAUAUACUUUGCUGAGAUGAAAACUCCAUCUGGUGUAGCUGGGGACAACGUUUGGAGGUCUCGCAUUAGACGGCAGUGCAUGUUCGAACAAAACGGCGACGGAUCUGAGAUCAUUCACGAAGAAGACACGGGGAUUAUAGAGGACAUUGCCGUCGACUGGACCACUGGAAACGUCUACUUCACUCUUAAUGCCGUUGGCAACAGCAGAGCUGAUUCCCACGUUGCCAUGGUUUCCGGGAGAGGGGCAGGAAAUAAGGUCACCCUCGUCAACACCACUCUUCACAAACCUCGCGGAAUUGCGCUCCAUCCUCUCCAAAAUACGAUGUUUUGGACUGAUUUCGGAGACCCGCCGAAAGUGGAAACUGCGAGAAUGAACGGAAUGAGUCGAACGCCCAUCAUCACUCGAGGACAAAUGCCCUUCUCGAACCUCCUACAUCCCAAUGACGUCAUCGUCGAUCUCAACACGGACCUCGUCUACUUCUGCGACGGAGGUGCGGGGAUUAUCGGUGCCACAACGUUCCUAGGCAACGCCGGCGAGAUAAUCGUUGCCGUCGACGACAACCCGGACUUGCGUCGCUCGCAACCCACCAAACUCUUUAUAAGGAAACCGUGGUCACUAACCAUGCGGCAUUUCUCCCCUAGCGACCGAGACGACGACCCAGAGACGGAAGAGGCGGAGCUGUUUUGGUCGGACCCGGAGUUCCACCUCAUGUCGUCGGUGUCGCUCGUGACGACCGGUCGCUCGACGACGGGAAUUGAAAAGACGCACUUGAGGAAUAUUCUGGAACGAACCACGCUGUACAAACCACUCGCAGUUCAGUUUGUGUCAAUAGAUGGACACAAACCCGGAGAAAUAACCGGACUCACUACAAUGCCUUGCUCAACACACUCCUGUGAAUACCUGUGUCUCAACAUCAAUGCCACCCAUUUCCACUGUCUCUGUCCCGAUUCCGUUCCAAACUGCAGACCUAGAACGGAGCCUACUGAAAGACCGACUCGUUUAACCCCUACCACACCACCUUCUGAAACACUCCCACAACAUCCUCCUCUUCGCAACCAGGCAACUCGGGCACCUCCCCACCUCCUCCCUCGUCGACCCCGAUUCCACACGCUCUUGAACCGGAAUGAACCGGCAGGGCAGGGGCAGAAGAGCGACGGACAGGGGGGGCAGACGAUGAAACAGACUGGCAACCAGGAGGAGGAAGGUUCACUGCAGGAUCUUGGUGUUGGCGGGGAUGUGCUCGUUGUCGCGUUUGUCUUGUUCGCUGUGUUUGUGGUGGGAAUCUUGUACUUGAGUCACCGUGCGAGAAGAAAAUAUGAUCAGGUUGACAGGGCAACUAUGAUUCUCGGGUCGGAAACGCCAUUACGGCCUCUCCCCUCACCUCACCGCGCUCCCCCUAUCCUCACCUCCGCGCUCCCCCUCCUUCAUUCCUCCCAUCUCCCCAACUCACACGAAGAAAAGCAACCCUUUUCAUCUCCCCACGAAACAGUGUAACUUUAUCGCAACAAUUGCGCGUGUAGCAACACCGACCUCCAUGCCCGAUGAAAUGUGUCGCUAACGUUCGUCGGCGUAAACGAAUUGUCGAUGAGCCGGAAGUGUACCCAAUCUCACCGAAAAGAGUGAAAAAACAAACCAAAGAUCUCCACGAAAAGUAGCACUCACAAAAAGUGGGUCGCAAGAAGUCAAUCGUGUGGAUUCUAAACUCCGCCGCGAGAAAGAAAGAUUCGCACGAUUCUAAAUGUUUCGAUGGUCGGGGCGUGAAAAACCGGACUGCAGUUCGAUUCGUAUUCGAGCAGUGUCACCACUGUAUCUGCCACUAUUGAGAUCGAAAUUGAGGAUUUGGAAACAAUGGCCGCAGAGGAGGACAAACACGUGAAGAAGCCUUCUCGAUCGUGUCUGUCCUCCGAUUCCGACUCGUCGCAAGAGAAGUCUCGUCGUCGUGGCUUGAGCGUUGCUUGGGACGUCGACGGAGGCGCCCAACCUCAACCUCCUCCUCCUCCUCCCCUGCCUCCAGAGAGAGAACAACGAAAAGAAAAACUGAAACCCACCACCCAGACCACCAAAAGCAAUUAACUGCCUGUACGAAAGUGCACAGGAAAGAGGAGAGAGGAGGAAAGGGAACGGAAGUAGCCGGGAGGACGACGGCGAUUCAAAGACAGGUUCUGGACAGAUUGCACGCGAAGAGUGGUGACGUGACAUGGAACGAGGAACAGGUCCUCCCCAGACGUGAGAUAUACUAUCAGCGUUUCUAGUGAAAAAACAUGGAUUUUCCCGAGAUUCUCGAAUCGCUUUUGGUUUUUGUUUCUUUGUACAAAAUUCUAUCAUUUAACCUCAGCCAAUCAUGAAAUGUCAUUAUUAGCACAUUGUCUUAUAUACACAGUGUGAAUUGUGAUUCAAUCAAAAAGUAUAAUACACAUUCCCCUCAAUCAAGUAUUGUAUUACCAUGUAAGGGCAUCAUCAAGUAUUACAACCUGUGUGUAUAGAGCAUAGGCAACGGUUUAAACAAUGUUCGUAAUAAAUAUUGACGGAACGAUAAUAUGAUAAUCCACAUGUAGGAUAAUGACUAGGGCUAGGUUCACGAAUAUUUAUAUCGCAUUGCCAUGUUGCGUGUGCUAGUAUUAAUGAAUAUUGUAUGGGAUAGAAUUUUACAUGCAGUUGAGGGACAAUGUUCCAUACAUGUGACAAUGGUUGUAUUGGCUAUAAGGAUUCGAGGAUGUAAGAACGUCUGUAGUUCUGUGCUUCUGACGUGGUUUUACAGUUGCAGAGUAUCUCCCUAAUGUAAGGUGAGCUGGUGUAUCGCACAGAGUAGCCUAGCGACAGAAACUGGUAGAGUUUGAGCAGGGAGGUGGGGUCAGAGGUCGGGUCUUCACGGGCGGUUUGGAGUUGAAUGACGUCCAGUUCGUCACUGGCCGUGUAACGCUUCCUGAGCUGUCGGUCUGCACGCGUGGCUACGGGGUCAGUUGGAAAUUGACGGUCGCCGUUUCUUACGCUUUCACCGUCGAUUCGUUCACUUUGAAAACCAUUCGUGCUGUUCUCUAUAGAGUGACCGCCUCUUCUUAAUGAACUCCCUCCCAAAUUGCAUCUGGUG